CGAUUGCUGACGGCUCCUUUGUUUUUUUGCCCAAUUUUAUCAUUUUCGGUAAGAAAUUCCAUGUGAAAGGUGAAGGGAGACAAAGACCCAAACAAAUUAGGGUUGGGUACUUGGUAACACAAUCCUCUUCACACCCAUCGUGCUCGUACUCGGUUUUCACAUUACUCGAUCUGCGUAGCCCGAGCCUUACUAGGAUGUAGGCCGAACAAUACUCCAGAAAUAAAAUAAAGACAUACAUAAAUGCGCCCGAAGAUUGGUCAGGUACCUACCUACUUUAGUAUUCGCUCACACAUGUAGGUCAAGAGAUUAUCACCGAACAUCAACUCUUCAAGAAUAUCCCACGGUCACGCUCCAACCGGCUCAAGCGGAUUCUUAAAGUCGGUGGGCUCGCCCGGUUGUGCCGGCCAUACUAAAAGUCAGGUGGCAAGGCUUGAUACGAUAGAUCCGAACGAGCGAGAUAUAAGCUUAGAGGCUGGCCUUACUUUAUAAAUACUCGCAUUCCGGAUGUCGAUUCAACUCAUAACAGCGUAAAUGGUGGCUCUCGCUAUCAUUCGACCUUCAAAUAACAUAUCAACAACAACGGGUUCCCGAAAACUCAUCGGCCUUUAGGUAUAAGCUACUAUCGUCCCGCCGGGAGGGAGGCGUUAGUUGUAACCAAUUUUUUCUCAUUAUUCCUACAACAUGCCCACAGCGGAGGAACUCCGUCCUGCCUCGCCCGACCUGGGCAAUCCUAUAUCGGACAAGGAUUCUUACGAGGUGCAUUCAAAACAAGAAGCACAACACCCAAAUUCUUUAGCCGAGGCUCUACGAGCCGUACAUCGUACUCCAGAGACUCCAUCAGAUAGCAACAGUGAAUAUGGCUACGAUGCUAGAGACAGGCCCUUAGAAUCGGUUCUGCUACGACGCAAGUCUGAGACAGAUUCAUACGAUAACUCGGGUUCUGAUACACCUGAAAUUCUCCCGCUAGAGAAUCCAGAGCUGAACAAGACGAAACAGCGCCACCAAAAUUUGCCUAAAUUAAAUGCAUCAGGAAAGGGCAAAAAGACAUAUGUAGUGGCGAGCGACGAUGCAGAGCUUCGUGAUAUACUACGGAGAGGCCUAGAACGGGAGAAAGAGAAGCGAUCUCCAAUUCGUCGUGAGAAGCUCCGGGAUAUGGUCUUCACAAGACAAUUCUCAGCUUUCGACAGACAAAAUCAAGUUGCUGCCAAUAGCCCAUUCCAUGGCUUUUAUGUACUUUUCUGGAUUGCGGUUUCUAUAUCUAUCAUUAAGAUAGCUGCAGAGAAUUGGAGGAAAACGGGAAAUCCGUUGGGUACUAACGAGAUCAUGAAAACAAUGUUUCGAAGAGAUGUUAUUGUGCUUUUACUCUCCGAUGGGAUUAUGUGUGGCCUUACUGGUGUGAGUUGGGUAAUUCAACGCCUAGUCUUUCUCAAUUAUAUCGACUGGGAGAGAACGGGUUGGAUCUUACAAAAUCUUUGGCAAACGCUUUUUAUCGCCAGCGUGGUCGGCCUCACGCUUGUGCGAGAUUGGCCAUGGACACACACCGUAUUUUUCGUCCUUCACGGCCUCGUGAUGUUGAUGAAACAGCAUUCUUACGCAUUUUACAAUGGCCACCUUUCGUCAACAUAUAAGAAACGGCAGAGUCUACUUCUUAAAUUAAAACAGCUAGAGAGUAUUUCUCCCGUGACAUCACCAUCAUUAACGAGCCCUCAGGUCUCCGCUCUCUCUACAUCACACCUUGCGCUCCCACCAUCAGCGGAUGAAUAUCAUGAGAGACGACGCUCAUUGUCAAAAUCUCAAUCAGCUGAUCAAAAUGACGUCGAAACAAUUUCUCGCGCUAUCGAGACAGCAGAACCACUCGACAUGGAGCAAGUACACCUAUUUGAGAGACUGAUCAAGUGGGAAGCCGACGCACUCACAGACGAACUUCGGGGUAAAGCGACGGACCCUACACAUUAUUACCCUAACAAUCUCACUUUCCUGAACCACUAUGAGUACAUUGUCCUACCUACUGUUGUCUACGAGUUACAAUACCCUAGGUCCGACAGUAUCAAUUGGCCCUAUGUGGCCGAGAAAGCCUGUGCUCUAGUCGGUGUAAUAUUCGUUAUGAUAAUGAUUUCCCAGGGUUUCAUCUAUCCUGUUGUGAUGAGAACUGUUUAUAUGAAGGAGAUGGGUUGGACGGUUGCCCAACGAUUUCAGGAGUUCCCGUGGUUAUUGAGCGACCUCAUCUUUCCCUUCAUGAUGGAAUAUUUAUUGGCAUGGUAUCUUAUCUGGGAAACGGUCCUCAACAUCCUUGCGGAGCUUACUUAUUUUGCGGACCGAAGCUUCUACGAUGCAUGGUGGAACAGCGUUUCGUGGGACCAGUAUGCUCGCGACUGGAAUCGUCCAGUCCAUAAUUUCCUUCUACGGCACGUCUAUCACAGCUCAAUCUCGUCUAUGCGAGUCAACAAACAUACUGCAACACUUAUCACCUUCUUUCUUUCCGCUUGCGUACAUGAGCUCGUUAUGUGGUGUAUAUUUAAGAAGCUUCGCGGCUACCUGCUUAUUUUACAGAUGUGCCAGCUUCCACUCGUGAAGAUGAGCCGGACGAAGUGGCUUCGCAAUCAAAAGACAUUUGGGAAUAUGCUCUUCUGGAUUGGGAUAUUUACAGGGCCGAGCUUGCUCUGUAGUUUGUACUUAAUCCUCUGAUAGAUUCCGAAUUAGGUACUCGGCGUUUCGGGGAUAUUCGGGUGCAAAUGAGAUACAAAAAAGAGACAACAGGGCGGUAGGGCUGGGAUAUACGGAAGAAAUCAAGACCAUUGGCGUUUUGAAGGCGUUGGGGCGUUGUCUAUCGAUUUUUAGAAUGGUAGCACAGCAUUAUCUUCAUACUAGAGAGGAAAUGAUACGCUGCUCGUAACUCUCUUUAGUGUUACCCGGGCUCUAAUUUACUCCUAUUAGAUGAACAAUCUUAGUGACUCGUAGACACCCAUUACCAUCAUUCGCCAAUGAGGGACUGUCCCUAUCACGCAUGUGCAAUGGUCUGGAACAUGCAUCGAGAUUCCCGAAAAUUACCUCAUGCGAAGAGCUGUAUGUAAUGAAUGAUACGAUAUUUUCGAGAAUUAGGAUGACAGUAUUAGGUGAGAAAUACGUCCAUACUUCUCCUACUUAUCAUCCUUAUGCAUUCGUCUAACCUCUUGACUUGACAAGCUUAUGCAGCCUUCAUGCAGCACAUAAUCUUUGC